AUGCCUCUUACGGAUCAACAAUUACGUCAAGAAUUAGUACAAUUUGGAGAAACGGUUCCACCAAUAACACAACGUAAUCGUGAACAACUUCGUACUCGACUUCAAGUUCUUCAAGCACGACCACGACCACGUUCACCUGCUCGUGCUUCACCAACACGUGCUCGUGUUAAUACAUCACCACCGCGAGCUACAACUCGUUCACGUCCAGUACGUGGUUUAAUUGAAUUAAGUGAUUCAGAAACAGAUUUAUCAGCAAAUGAUUAUCUUCCAUCACGUUCUGGAGCAAAAAUUCAGACACGUUCUAUUGCAGUUGGACGAGAUACUCAACCAUCAACAAAUGUAACUGCUGAUGUUGAAGAAUCUAUUGCACGUCAUCGUCGUGAAAUUCAACAAUUAAUUGAUUCAGCUCGUGAUAGAACUCGAGCUACAAGCGCAAAUCUUUCUGCGACAAAAUAUGAACCAUCAUCAAUAACACCUCUUCGUCCAACUUCGACGUCAUCUCGUCAUAGAGCACCAUUGAAAUCCGAUAUAACAAAACCUAAACAACCAUCAUGGUUCAAUAAUAUAGGAAAAGAAAUUAAAUCAUUUUGGAAAACUUAUAAAGAUACAAUUAUACAAGCAAUUAAAUUACUAUUUUUUGGUUUACUCCUUGGUGGUGGACUUAUUUUGCUUAAAAAGAAAGCUGGCGUUAUUAUUCCACAUAGACAAGGCAUUACUUGUUCUCCUGAUAAUGCGACAUACUGUGAUGAUAUGCAACCAAUAAUUCAUUCUGUAAAACAAUUUCUUGAGGCUCGAACUGGUGAAGUCGAUUGUGGUUUUCGUGAUAAAAGUUAUCGUUAUGUUACUAAACCAGAACUAAAUAAAUACCUAGAUGAAAAAAAAUUCAAAUUUGAAGAAGGUCCUGAACAACGAUGGAAUACAUUAGUUUCUUAUAUUGUGGAUAAACCAGUUGAUGAUAUUUCAUUAUUGGAUGCUCAUAACAAAUAUUCAAAUGAUUUCAAUGAAGUAGUAAAAAUGAGCGCACAAAAAGGAACUCAUUCAUUAAUGUGUCGUGCUCGAAAAGGCAUUAAUUCAGCAAUGCAAAAUCUAGCUUGGCUUCUAUUAGGUACAACUGGCUUUUUGACAUUAGGUUGGCUUAUUAAACGACGUUCCAAGCAACAUCAAGAUGCUGAAAAUACCUAUAAAGAUUUUAUAGAAAAAAUCACAGAUUUACUUGAAAAUCAAUAUGAAGAACAUAUACGUGAUUCAGAAACAAAACCAUGGCUUGCUAUAUCCCAUAUUCGUGAUAUGCUUAUUCCACCACAAGAUCGUAAACGAUUAAAAACUCUUUGGGAACGAGCAAAGAAACAAAUAAGUGAAAGUGAAUCACGUGUACGUUCUGAAUCACAAUUAAUUCAUGGUGAAGAAUUCGAUGUUUGGAGAUGGAUACAACCACGUGCACCAUCUAGUCCAUCAUCACCAAGAAAGAAACGAGCAGAAUCACCACAUAGUUCAAACGAAGAAAGUUACGUUUAUAUGCCAGCUGAUGUUGGUUUGACUGAAUGUCUUAAAUUACGCAAUUUCUUCGAUCCAGACACUAAUAUCGAUGAUGAUGAAAUGGAUCUUGUUGUGGAUAGUAUCCAAAAUCGAUGUGCUACAGUUCGAAGAAUUGAGCAUAUUGGUAUACAUUCAAUUUUUGUUUAUUUGAAAUUUUCAUCCAAAGAAGCAGCUUCUCAAGGUUUUCAUUUACUUAAUAAUUGGAAAUUUCAUGGUCGUGAGAUUAUUGCGAAAUAUCUUCGUCUUCAGCGAUAUCAUGAACAUUUUCCUGAAGCAAUUAAUAGUAGUUCAACAAAUUAA